UGUGGUCGCUGGCAACGGCGUUGCGGGACAGCCAACUGGCACAAGAGGUGGAUGAAUUCUGAGUACAAGCCAGACCUGGGGAAGUUUAAACUCACAGCUGGGAAGUUUUAUGGAGAUCCAGUGCGUGAUAAAGGUCUACAAACUAGUGAAAACUCUAAAUUUUAUGCUAUCUCCUCACGAUUUAAACCAUUUAGUAACAAAGGGAAGACUCUGGUCAUUCAGUAUACUGUGAAACAUGAGCAGAAGAUAGAUUGUGGUGGGGGAUAUGUUAAGAUUUUUUCUUCAAACUUGGAUCAGAAGAACCUCAGUGGCGAUUCAAAUUAUUACAUCAUGUUCGGGCCAGAUAUUUGUGGAUCCGAGACAAAGAAAGUCCACGUUAUUUUAAAUUACAAGAACAAACCCCAUCCAAUCAAGAAACCAAUCAGAUGCAAGGUUGAUGGAUAUACACAUUUGUAUACUUUGAUUAUAAGGCCAGAUCAGACUUAUAAAGUCAAAAUUGAUAAUGAAAUGGUUGCAUCAGGCAAUUUAGAAGAUGAUUUAGAUUUUUUGCCACCAAGGAAAAUAAAUGAUCCAAGAGUGAAGAAACCCAGUGACUGGGAUGAUCGAGUCCAAAUUGAUGAUCCGAAUGAUGUCAAACCUGAGGAUUGGGAUGAACCUGAAUACAUUACGGACACUAGUGCUCGGAAACCUGAAGACUGGGAUGAUUCUGUGAAUGGAGAAUGGCAUCGUCCUAUGGUCAAGAAUCCUCUAUACAGAGGUGAAUGGAAACCAAGGCAGAUUGAUAACCCAAAUUACAGAGGAGUUUGGCCCCAUCCACAGAUUGACAAUCCAAAUUACUCACCAGACUUCAGUAUCUACAGCUAUGAAAACAUUAGCAUCAUUGGACUAGAUAUCUGGCAGGUGAGAGCUGGCACAAUUUUUGACAACUUUUUGAUAACUGAUGAUGAAGAAUAUGCAGAAGACUUUGGAGAUGAAACCUGGGGAGAAACAAAGGGUCCUGAAAAGGAAAUGAACGUAAAGCAGACUGAGGAAGAGCAGCAGAGAGAAAGGGCCACAGAAGAAAAAUACUUUGAGGAAAGGUUUAAGGAGAAAGUAGAGAGAAAAAAAGGAUUCCGAAGGGAGAGAUCAGCGAGGAAUGCUAUCAAGAAAGAAGACCUUUAA